AGGCAAAAUGUUUUGUGUAAGCUUUGUUUCUAUGAAAGACAUUAUCACAGUUUGCAUCAAGUAUUCCUUGAGUCAGUGAUUUUCAACAUUGACGUUUCUGGAGUUCUUAAACACAGAUUUGAAUAUUCAAAAUCUUAGAAGAUACUUCAAGAAAUCUCAAGUUUUGUAUUUUGCUACAUUGGUCAAACUGAUGCAUUUCAAGGCAUUCUGAAGUAUCUUCAUUUUUCUGAAAAAGUUCAAAUUACCACAUGCAUCCAGUACUGCUGUGUAUUUCAGGCACAUCAUGAAUAGCUGUUUCCAGCAUCAUGCUUCCCAAGUGUCUGUCCUCAAGCAACAAUGUACUUCCUGCAUGUGGGAGUGACUCAAAACUUGGCCUAGGGAACACAGGGAGACCAAUUUCCCAUUGCAUCGUAGUGACACUAAGCUGUUUGUCUAUAUCAACAGGCAGAACGCGCAAGCUGUUUUAUUUAUCAGCUAUAUAAUUCCAUUAAAAGUACAACCUAAUUCCCAGGAGCACUCACAAGGAUUCAGCCAGUCUAUCUCCUCGUCAGUUUGCCGGGAAUUCCGGAGAGAAAGAUGACUGUACUGGGAUGCUCAAAAGCCAAGCCAUCCUUUCACAGGCUUGGUAAUCAACUAUUCAGGUCAAGGAUUGCAAAAACUGGGUCCAACCUUGCCCUGUGAUGCUAAUACUCAGACUCUGAUUCUGGACAAAAAUCAGAUAAUUAAACUGGAACACUUGGAGAAAUGCAGGAAUCUGAUGCAGCUCUCCGUAGCCAACAACCGUUUGGUGCGAAUGAUGGGUGUGGCAAAACUGACCAAGCUCCGAGUGCUCAACUUGCCUCACAAUAGUAUUGGGUAUGUGGAAGGGCUGAAGGAUUUGGUGCACCUGGAAUGGCUGAAUUUGGCAGGAAAUAACAUUAAGGCCAUUGAACAAAUAAAUUCCUGUGUGUCUCUUCAGCAUCUUGAUCUAUCAGACAAUAACAUAGCUCAAUUAGGCGAUCUCUCCAAGCUUACCUCACUGAAGACUCUUUUGCUACAUGGAAAUAUUGUAACUUCACUUCGCACUGCCCCUGCUUGCCUACCUCAGAGUUUGACUGUUUUUUCUUUGGCAGAAAAUGAAAUCAGAGAUUUAAAUGAGGUUUCUUUCCUGGCCUCUCUUCAGCAAUUGGAACAGCUGUCAGUUAUGAACAAUCCUUGUGUGAUGGCCACACCUUCUGUCCCUGGCUUUGACUACAGGCCUUAUAUUGUCAGCUGGUGUCUGAACCUUAAAGUUCUUGAUGGAUAUGUGAUUUCUCAGAAGGAAAGCUUGAAAGCAGAAUGGCUCUACAGUCAAGGGAAAGGAAGGUCAUUUCGACCUGGGCAGCAUGUUCAGCUAGUUCAGUACUUGGCUACUGUUUGUCCUCUCACAUCUGCAUUUGGACUCCAGACUGAAGAGGAUGCCAAAUUGGAAAAAAUACUGAGUAAGCAAAGACUCCACCAGAGGCAAUUGAUGCAUGAAAACCAAAAUGAGGAACCACGUACAUUUUCUGCUCCCAGCAAAGCAGUGCCAGUUGCUCAUGAACACAGUGGCCUGGCCCAGCCAUCACAGAUGGUUCUUGAAAAGGAACCUGUCAUCCAGAGGAAUUCUUGGGUUGGACCAAGUGCAAACAAUGAUCAUUCCUAUGCAGUAAAGAACACUUUUCUUCAUGAAAGAAGCUUUCCCAAGGAGCUACACCUCGAAGAUGUACAGACGGAUGAAGACAAACUAAACAGCAGCCUUUUAUCCUCAGAGUCUACUUUCAUGCCAGUUGCUUCAGGAUUGUCUCCAGUGUCUCCUGCUUCAGACCUGAAGCUACGUGGAAUUAAUUUGAGCCUAGAAGAUGAUGAUGAUACAGUGAUUGAAGGUGUAAGAGAUGUUAAUAGUAGGGAAACAACUAAAAAGCAAGAAGCUUUGUCUGUUACAGGAGAGCACCCUAAUAGAGCAGCAGGAAGUGUGGAAACACAAGAGAAUAUCAAAGAAAUCCUGCAGGUGCCUGCUCGUGAUCUGGUAACAGCUGGCCUGGCUGCAAGGACUGGCAAGUAUUUAGGGGCCUCUGAAGUUCUGCACAGUCACCCCAGCACCUUGCUAGGUGCUGAAUCAGGAGUGAAAACUCUUUGUUCUGACCAGAUGACAGAAGAAAGGUCUAGUUCACUGGCUGUGCAAGGUGCAGCACCAGCUGAUCAAGGUGCAAGCGAACUGCAAAGGAUGACUGAAGCAGCUACCAAGCUUCAAGCUUCCUGGAGAGGAUUUUACACAAGGAACCACCAUCCUCGAGCCAAGGAAGUGCGGAAUGAAAUUCGCCUACACAGAAUGCAGCAGCACAUCAUUUAUUUAACAGCUGAAAUAGAAAAACUGAGAAAAGAAAGAGAGGAAGAUAAAAUGCAGAGGCUUGUACAGGAGGAAGCUAUCAGAUUUCUUUGGAACCAGGUUAAAUCCCUUCAACAAUGGCAGCUUUCAGUGAUGCAGAAUUUAGGUGGUGCUGGGAUCCCUUCAGCCAAUACUCUGUGUUUAUCCAAACCAUCUCUUCAGUCAUCCACAGUGGAGCAAGAAACCCCACCAGCUGCUAGUUCUGCUUUGGUAGCUCCAGCUAGUGAGGAUGAUCUUCAGGAAAGGUCUUCGUUGCAAUUCCCAGAUUCUGGCUUUCAUUCUUCUGCGGCUGAUCAGACUCAUGCCAGUGAACUGUGUAGCUCUGCAAAGAGCUUAGCUGAAGGAAGUGAGAGUUCCCUUUCAAUGGAAACCAUCAAACAAUAUGGCAAUUGUAUUUCAACGUGUUGUUCAGAUGGAGACGAUGGCCCUGGGGAGGGUGGGCAAAGUAAAGAGAGCUCUAGUAAUGUGCAGGACAACGGACUGAUAGAACAGUAUUUAAAAUCUGUUCAGCAGCUGGAAGAGGCUGAUGAAGACACAGAUUGCAAUGGCGAAAUGGAGGGCAGCUGUUUACAAGUGUCUGUGUCAGCAGAAAGCCAAGAUUCUUCCUCUGACACUGUCUCUGUAGAGCUCCCUCAAGACACAUCUUCCCCUGUCCGAGGUGAAAUCUGUCAGACACCACCAGAAAGCUACAAACUGAAUUCAGGAAUAGUAGAAGGGAAACAAACAGACUGUGAUUCUUCAUUUCAGAUGCUGCAUGUUGGGAUAGCUGUAUAAUAGGAUCAUUUCCACAAAGGACUAGGGAUUCCAUUUCACUUUCUUUUUGCUGUUUAUACAAAACUUAUUUUUCAUGUGUGCUGUUUCAGACUUUGACUCAUGUUGUGAAUUUAUGUUGUAAUUACUAUUUUAUUGAUGUUGCUGAGGAUUGACACUAUGCUAACCUGAAAUCAGCAAAGUUCUCAGUGACAAUCAUUAUGCACUUUAUUUUCAAACAUAAAACUGGUAUCCUAAUAACUGGCCUCCAUUAAAUUAAUUCUGAAGAUUGGGGGGUGGAUGGUGGUGGUGGUAGUGUUUGCUGUAAAAUUCACUUUGGUGAAUGCAUCAGUAAGUAUUUGCUUGGUUUUUUCCUACAAAGAAAGAUUAACUUCUUAUUUUGCAAAGAGAAGAAAACAAUAUGGGAAGAAAUGGAGUCAAUACAGGCAGUAUAUGCUGUCAUAGGCAGGAUACAGCCUCCUGAGAAACAUGAAGAGUUGCUUUUCAGACUUUUGACUUAAACAAGAGUAACUUGGUCAGUUUAUCAAAGAUGCAUUCCAGAAAACCAGUGUCCAAGUCAGUGACUUUUUUGUAAAUAACUUGAAGCUGCUGGCAAGGAAUUAGAUCAUUUACACACACACUGAAACAAGGACUUACAGGAGAGAGACCUCAGGGAGCUGCAAACAAGCUCGGACCUUUGUUUGCCCUGGGGUUGAAUUUCCCUGCCUUCUCAGGUAAGACUCAAAAUGGAACCAGUAGCAGCCAGGACUAAGUAAGAAUUUCAGAAGGGCAUGUGAUUUGGGAACAUCAUUUCCAGGACUGCCCUGCUGGGUUGCAGCAGCAGAUUUCCUGGUAUAUGUUUUGCUCCACUAGGAUGCUAAUGUCUAUGUGGUAUUUGGAUUUGCGUGGCUUUCACGACAUCAGUGAGUUUGAUGGAUCACAACUACUUCUAUCUACAGGUAUAAAAACUAAAAGUAAAUGUGAUGACAUAACUAUUUCCUGAUAUCUCUGUUGGGUUUUUUGGUUUGUUUUUUUUCCCCUGUAUGUCCACUGGUUGACAUUUAUUAAAAUGUCAACCAAAAUUAGAGGUGGAUAAAAAGUUGUAUUUCUUCCCUGUUAGCAAAUAUGCUGAGAUACCUAGGCUAUGCUUUCCACUUAAACACUGGGAAAGCAGCAGGCUCUGUAUCUUACCCAGCCAUUGCUAUGUUGGGUUUUUUAAUGGAAAACCAUCAGGUAUCUUAGUAUGCUUCAACAGUGACAAAGAAAAUCUGUUUUGCCAUGUGAUUUGUGAUGGACAAUAGUGAAAUAAAAGUUUAUGUUGUGAUUUA